AUGUGCAACAACACUACCAACUACAACAACUACCCAGUGGCAACCGCCUACCUGACUAUCCCGACCGCAAUGGACGUCGAACGCUGCCCGAGCUGCCGUCGCAGCAUCGCGACAUGCCGAUGCGAGGCUCCUGUGCAGCCUCGUCGUCGAGACAUUUUCGACUCGGCUGAUGCCCAGAGCAUGGGCUGGGACACUUGUCCAACUUGUCGACAGAACAUCAGCGACUGCAGCUGCGCCGUGAAGAACCAAUUCGCAAUCGACUCGGACACUUGUCCAAUUUGUCGACAGAAUAUCAGCGACUGCUGUUGUGCGGUAAAGAACAAGUUCGCAAUCGACUGCGCUGCUAAGCACAUCACCUACAUGGUUGACAGCGCGAUGAAGACCAGCUUGCUAACCCUAGGUGCCUUCCCCGGCCAGAGCAUGGGCUGGGACACUUGUCCAACUUGUCGACAGAACAUCAGCGACUGCAGUUGUGCGGUAAAGAACCAAUUCGCCAUCAGCACACUCUCGGACACUUGCCCUAUCUGCCGACAGAAUAUCAGCGACUGCUGUUGUGCCGUGAAAAACCAAUUCGCCAUCAGCACACUCUCGGACACUUGCCCUAUCUGCCGACAGAACAUCAGCGACUGCUGUUGUGCCGUAAAGAACCAAUUCGCAAUCGACUGCGCUGCAAAGCACAUCGCCUUCAUGGUUGACAGCGCGGUAAAGAACCAGUUCGCAACCACUGUGAAGGCUGACACCUGCUUGGAUUGCGGCCGUGCUGUGGACAAGUGUCGGUGCGACGCUCCAGUGAAGCCUCACCGCCUGAGCACCGCUCAGAACAGUCAUCUGGCCUUUCGGGAACCACUCUGUCAGUACAGGUAG